AUGGACAAAGAAAAUACAAGUUCAAUAGUUAGUGUACCAUUAAAUCUUAGUGCUAAUGAACCAGUAAAUCGUGGUGCUAAUGAACCAGUAAUUCUUGAUGAUAAUGAAUCAUUAAUUGAUAAUAAUGAACCACUUGUUCUUGCUAAAAACAAACCUGUUAUUCGUGUUCAUAAUAGAACAUUUGUUCGUAGUAAUAAUAAAUCAUUUACUCGUGAUCAUAGUAAAGGACUUGUUUCUGAAAAAGGUAUUCGAGGUACGGUCGUUACGGUCAAUCGUCUUAAACACUGUGCGUUCAUAAAAAGAAAAGACAAAGUCGAAUCGCGUGAUAUUUUUGCUCGUGAAGCGUCAAUCAUCAAUGAAUUACAUCAAAAGAAGUUUUUUAUAUCGGAUAGUUGCAAAUUUGAUACGAUCAAAACUGCACGUGGUAUUGAAGCGGUUAAUAUAAAAAUCGAAGAAAGACACAUAAAUAGUAUCGCUAAACUCCCCAAAAUAUCUAAAAAAAAAGAAACAAAUGAACAAACACAUAUUUCUGCUGAUCUUUUUCGGUCUACUAUUGCAGAUGUAUUUCGUGAAGCAUUAAAUAAAAAUAAAUGA